CAUCGAUCGACCUAGACGGACCGGACGACCUUUUUUUCUUCUUCUCUUCCUGAAUAAUUUUCGCCUUAGCACUGGAACUAUCUUAGUCUCGUCUGCGAAAGAGGACCUACGAAGGUAUGCUAGAUAUAUAUUGAGAAUCCGUGAAUCUCAUAAUCUUGUUCUUAUGAUCUCUUGUUCAACUAUCUCAACCCCGCAUUCGCUCUACCGUAACCGCGCACAUCCUUCCAUGUGCGCACUUGAAUUACGGUAACACUAAUUGCAGGCGACUUGAAGUCUUUGCGCUUGCAGUAGGGGAGGACAGAAAGACUUACAAGGAGGAUUUUGUUUUCGCACUUUUCUGAUACCCAAUCUCGUCCAAUAACACGAACGAUUCUGAAAGGGAGUCGUAAUUGGUUGGCGCAAUUUUAUUUUUCAACAAGAUACCCAUUUCGAUUGUCGCGCUUGUAUGAGGCUUUCGGAAAUCGCAUUCGCCAACGUUCAAAUAUUUCGAAAUUUCUUUCGACUCAAUCAUAAAAACCAAGGAUAUAGUCAGGUUCAGCAAUUCGAAAUGGCGGAAUAUCAAAAACCGGGCCACUUCGAGCCCACCACUACCGUUGUGGUAACUGGUGGUAGUAGCAACGAGGGCUCAUCUGGAAACGACCAGGCUACCAACGAAGCAGUUGGUCACGGAUUGCAGCACAUUGAAGCCACAAAGGUCCAUUGGUAUUCCUACCUCACAACUGCUGAUUUCUGGAUCGUUCUUCUACUGGGCCAACUGCUCGCGCUCUGCAUCACUGCUACGAAUACAUUCACGACAUUCCUAGCCAAUUAUGGGACUUCCAUCCCGGCUUUCCAGACUGUUUUCACCUAUAUUCUGUUAUCGCUUAUUUACCUUACUUACACUCUUUACACUUACGGACCCAAGAAGUAUGGCAAGAUUCUGCUUCGAGACGGCUGGAGAUACUUCAUCCUUAGUUUCCUCGAUGUCCAGGGCAACUAUUUCACCGUGCUAGCCUAUCGUUACACCAACAUCCUCUCCGCACAACUAAUCAACUUCUGGGCUAUCGUCUGCGUCGUCGUCAUCUCGUUCCUCCUACUACGUGUGAGGUACAAGCUCUUCCAAAUCCUCGGCAUCUUGAUCUGCAUCGGUGGAAUGGGUCUUCUACUCGCUAGCGACCAUAUCCAAGGCACGAAUGGUGGCUCCGGGCAGAACAUGCUAAAAGGUGACCUUUUCGCCCUCCUUGGCGCCACGUGCUACGGUCUCACCAACGUGUUCGAAGAGUGGUACGUUAGCAAGCGUCCCAUGUACGAGGUCCUGUCCUUCAUGGGCCUAUUCGGCAUGUGCAUCAACGGCGUCCAGGCCGCCAUCUUCGACCGCACCAGCUUCCAGCAGGCCACUUGGAACAACCAGGUCGCGGGCUACCUCGUCGGCUAUACGCUCGUGCUUGCCUUCUUCUACUCCAUCGUGCCGUUCCUGCUGCGUAUCGCCUCCGCCGCCUUCUACAACAUUUCCCUGCUCACAGCGAAUUUCUGGGGCACGAUCAUCGGUAUCCACGUUUUCGGCUAUGCUAUUCACUUCUUGUACCCUAUCGCUUUCGUGCUGAUUAUCGUCGGCUUAUCGGUGUAUUUCCUCGCCGGAAGUAUUCUGGGCGAUAGCAAAAAGCCAUGGCUCGGCGAUAACCAGGAGGAGGGCGUUGCGGGCUUUGGAACGGCGAAGUUGAAGGCGUUGAAUUUGGCUAGGAAGCAGGGGCUUGCUGCCGGGAACGGGACGGUUUAACUUAAGGGAUUUGGGUUAUAGAUGUUUUGGGACGAUGGGGGUUAGAUGGUUUGGGUGGACAAUGAACAUAUUUGGGACAUACUUAUAUAAGAUGAUUUGAAUACCAUAUUAGAUGUUUUUGUAA